GCCUAUGUAGGGAGCUCACUAGGCUUUGAAAUACAACCAACGUGUUCACGGUAGCUAGUGUGUUAUUGACCCACAAGGUUUUGCAUACUGAAUAGUGCUGUUUAAUGCCCUAGUUUCUAGUACAGACUAGGUGAUUUUGGCGUUAUAAAUACAUAACAAUUUUCAUAACGUGUUGAUUAUUUUUAUAUUUAAUCGUGGCGGGGGCAGUAGAAAAAACGAUGUCUGGAAAGAGUUUUCGCGUUAGCGACGGUGACUGGAUUUGUCCCGAUAAGAAAUGUGCAAAUGUCAACUUUGCUAGAAGAACGAGUUGUAAUAGAUGCGGAAGAGAAAAGACAACUGAAGCAAAGAUGAUGAAAGCAGGGGGAACAGAGAUUGGAAAGACCCUGGCUGAGAAAAGCAGGGGUCUCUUUAGUGCAAAUGAUUGGCAGUGCAAAACAUGUGGCAAUGUAAACUGGGCCAGAAGAUCAGAAUGCAACAUGUGUAACACCCCUAAAUAUGCCAAACUGGAGGAAAGAACGGGAUAUGGUGGAGGGUUCAACGAGAGACAGAACUUGGAAUACAUUGAGCGGGAGGAGUCUGAUGGCGAGUACGAUGAGUUUGGACGCAUUAAAAAAAAGUUUCGUGGGAAAACCAAAAAGGACACUGAUAAGAAAGAGGAACCCACAAAAAAGGUUGCUGUUGCCAUUGCCAAAGUUGCAGAUGAUGAUGAUGAAGAGGAAGAAGACGAUGAAGAUGGAGAUCUUUCGAAAUACAAACUUGAUGAUGAUGAUGAUGAUGAUGAUGACGAUGAUGAUGAAGAUGGAGAUUUGUCUAAGUAUGAUUUGGAUGUCGAUGAAGAGAAGAAAGAGAAAGGAUCGGGCUCUUCACGCUCAUCCUCUCGCUCGUCCAGUUCAAGCUCCCAGUCUAGGUCCAGAUCCCGAUCCAGGAGCUCAUCAAGUUCCAGAUCUCGAUCGCGUUCCAGGUCCAACUCCAGAUCCAGUUCCAGAUCGGGAAAGGGCUCUGUUUCCCCAAAGAAGAAGUCUCGCUCGCCUUCGUCAUCACCCGAGAGAGGCCAGAAGAGGAGUCGCUCCAGGUCCUCCUCUGGUGGCCGCAAAAAAAGACGUUCUCGAUCACACUCGUCUGAAAGGUUUGGGUUUCUGUGGUGUAAACAAAAUGGUGUCCUGGGUACCAGGCGUCCUUCUGCAUUAUACAGUGGGCUCUCAAAAACUGAUAAUAGUGUGCCAAGACAAUUACUUUCAAAAUUGUGCUUUGUUCAUCUUUAUUUAUGUUUAUUUAUGUCCUUAUAUAUCAAUUAAUUUAAUUUGUCAUGGUCUUUUUCUCUUUGUCUCUUUCUGUCUCUUUGUAGGCGCAGAGGUUCAAGUGGAUCAUCCCAAUCUGGCUCAAGCUCAAAACAGAAAUGAUUAACAAAAGAAACAAAUCUUUCUAAAACUGCAUGUUGUUUUUUCAACUCACUUCUUUUGUGCUGUUGCGACUACCCAACUGUUUGAAAUCCCAUCAGUGAUUUUCAUCAAGAAAGCACCUGUUCAUAAAACCUUUACUGCCUUUUGAACUCAUAGCCAAAUCCCUCAAAGUGAAAACUGUAGUGUCAGUUUAUAGAUAAACAUUUAAGUGUAUGACUGUAUAAAUGGCACAUAUCUCAUUCUGGACAUAAUCGUAGUUGCUAGGAAAUAAUUCAGAUUAUAAAGCCGAAGUAGUUUUAAAGUCGGACAAUGUACAGACUGUCCUGUUAAGUAACUAAAAAUUAAUGUCCAGUCAAAGAUACUCACCAGAUUUUAUUUUCUUCUGUAAUGUGGGGACAGCCUACAACAUGUUGGCUUUAUUUCCUAAUAUCAGCAAAUUCAGCAUAUUAAUGGUAUAGGGAGCUCUGAGGUGUAACAUCUAAUUGUAUAUUAAGGCUAAUUUACACUGAGCUGACAAACACUGACAGAUGAUCAUUUAUAAAUAAAAUGGCCAACUUGAAAUGUCAGUGUUUGUCAGAUAAGUGUCUGUUAGCCUAUAAGGGUAAGUAUGCUUUUUAAUUGUGUUUUUGUUUUUUAAAAUUUGAAGACAUUGUCUCAUGGUCAGAAAAAUGAAAUUAUGUGAAUUUUUUUUUUUGUUUUUUUGGUUUAUCUUUCAGUGUCCUUUUUGUUGCGCCUUUUUAAAACUUUAGUUCUAAGUUUGUAGAACAUUUAGAAAUGGUCUAAGUAAACACAAAGUACUGCAGUCCUAGCCUUUACUAUGGUCAGGAAGUCAAGUUUGGAACAU